UAAUGUCUGUUCCAUGUUGCAUUCAUAAUGUUAAUAUAAAAUUGGAGAACGGACUCUGAUGGAUGCCCGGUUGAUGUAUGGCUUUUAGGAUCUUCCAAAUUAGCUAGCCGUGGACCAGGGCAAUACUUGGAUAGGUAUCUGCUUAGCUUUGUACUGGCACAUGCAUUAAUUAUUGAGCGAAAGGCAGUUAUGAGUUAUUAAUGGUCUCAACUAGGUGAAACUUGGCAAUUAUAUAAUCGCUUGCAUCAGUUAGGUUCCCACUAUUUCCCUCAACCUUUGUGCAAAUGCAAUAUAAAAGUGCACAUAGAACGAGUGGUUUGAGACAAUAUUCUAUGAGAAGAGGAAGGGGGGACUUGCCAAAAGAGGAAUAGACACAGCGAAAUGAGGAAAAAAGUGGAAUUGAAAUGAUGGGCUGAACUUGUGAAACACCAAAAUAUUCAAACAAACGGUAUUCCGGCAAUGUGUGGAAGCAAAUAACCACAAUUUCACAGGCAACAAUGGGCCUUCGAAUACAACUGUCGAGCCACCAUCUGUAUGCAAAAAGCCUUGGUCGGAUGUACCAGAAACUGUUUUUCCAAAUCUCUGGAGAAUAGUUUAUUGGACUUCGCAAUGUUUAACUUGGUUAAUUCUUCCUCUUAUGCAGUCUUACAUAAAAGCCGGGGAUUUUACAGUACGGGGUAAAUUAAAAUCUGCGCUAAUAGACAACGCGAUUUAUUACGGAAGUUAUCUCUUCAUAUGUGGAGUUUUAUUGAUUUACAUUGCUUUAAAACCAGGCAUGCAUCUUGACGGUCAAAAACUUAAAGCGAUCGCUUCCUCCGCUUCAAACACCUGGGGCUUAUUUUUAUUAGUUUUGCUCCUUGGCUACGCUCUCGUUGAGAUCCCUCGUGGUUUAUGGAACGCUAGCAAACCUGGAUACACUUUACAAUAUAGUUAUUUCAAGGCAGCUAAAUUAAGUUUGGAAAAAUGCGAAGCCGAAGAGACCGUUGACGAUAUUCUUGACUCGCUUCAAGCAGUAUCAGCUGGAAUUACAAACGGUCAUCCUUUUCAUCGCAACUUGGAGACGAUUUUUCAAAAGGUUCCAGCUGAGCUGAAGGAUCGAAUGAACAGACGACAACUGCCAGAAGACACAAGUGGUGACAAGCGAUCCGAAAAAUCGCUUAUUAGACUACACAGACAAACGAUCAAAGCUCUCCAAACGCUUCAACGAACAGAGACGCAGUGGGCAAUUCUAGUUGAAAAAAUAUUUCAUUUGGAAGACGUUGCAAAAAAUCAAGUUAGUCACGAUAAGCGCUUCGAACCAUCGUUUCCGGACAAUAGGCCAGUUACGCUUCGUCUUCUGUACAAUCCAAUGAUCGAAUGGUACUGGGAAUGCGUUGUCAAGGGUUACGUUAAAAAAAUAGCCGCCGUCACGGCAGGUUGUUUAUCCGUCGCAGUUGUAUGGUCCGAAGUAACUUUUUUCAACAAAGCACCGGUCUUGUCGCUCUUCGCUCAGUUUCUCAAUCUUGCCAAAUCCAAAUAUGAUUAUUUUACUAUUGAGAUAUUAUCAACAUUGAUCAUAGCCUAUUUGUGCUAUUGCGCUUAUUCGACAGUUCUAAAAAUUCGCUUACUGAAUCUAUAUUAUCUUGCGCCCCAUCAUCAAACGAACGAGUACAGCCUAAUAUUUAGCGGGAUGAUGCUGUGUCGCUUAACACCCCCGAUGUGUUUAAACUUUUUGGGUUUGAUACACAUGGAUUCACAUAUUAUCAAAACACACAUAUUGGAAACACAUUAUACCCAAGUUAUGGGUCACAUGGACGUAAUAUCAAUUAUAUCCGAUGGAUUUAACGUUUACUUCCCAAUGGCGAUAUUAGCUUUUUGCUUGGCUACUUAUUUUAGUCUUGGUAGUAGAUUACUCUCUACGCUUGGAUUUCAUCAAUUUCUCGGUGACGAUGAGCUUACUACGGAUCUGGUCGACGAAGGCAAAGAAUUGAUACAAAGAGAGAGGCGAAAACGCCAACGAGUCCAAGAUUCUCUAAAUCGUAGACGUGAAUUCCAGGAGAGAUCCAAUAAUCUUAGCUCACUAAGCUCUCGCUACAGAACUACUCGGCAAAGUACCGAUACUAUCCGACCGCUGAAACGAGACGAUUCAAUGGAAUCAGCGAGGGCGGGACUUCUGCGAGAUUUCGACCCCACGGAUUAUUACGUUGGAACAACGUUCGGAAAUGGUAGCUCAUAUGGUGCAAAUGACCAUUACGCCAGAAACGAUUACUACGACUUCGAUGGCAACGAUUUGGAAAACACUGUUACAGAGGCGAAUACUCAUCGCACAAGAUCACCUCCUCGACGUAUUUUUGACGACGUGUAGAUAAGCUCAACAGUUCAUUGAAACAUGUUGCUGCACUUUUUUUCAACUCGACAAUUAGAUCGACGAAUGGAAGAAUAGUCGCAUCGUUCUAAUUUUUCCUUUUUCCUUAUAGUUUUUGAAAAAUCAAGUUUCAUUCAUUUCCAUUUUUUAUUUGCUUUAGUAACAUUGGAUAAAAAUUGUGAGCCCUUUUUUUUUUAACUGUUUUGCACAAGUUUCUGUGCAUCCUAUAACAAUGCAAACUUUAAAAAUCAGCAUGAAUUCGUAAAAAUCUAGAAAAACGUGUUUCCACCUCAGGCUAGUUUACAUAGCUAAUAUAAUAAAUGUAGCAUGAGAUAAGCAAAGAGAAUCAAUAUCAUGUGCAACAUCAAAAUAUUAAUUUCAUAUUUUUUGUUACUUUGUAGUUUUAAUCAUCAACUUGGUACCACUUCUUUCCUUAUUGUUUGAUCUAACAGAUGUUAAAUACUUUUGUUGACGGAUGAAUUCAUUGAGAGAAACGUUUUUAUGUUUGAUAUAUUAAAAAGUCUUCGGUAUCGCGAAGAAAAGUAAUGAGUAA